GCACUCCAUCUCGUCUUUUUCUUAGGACUGGGAUCCAUCCUCUUUGGACUGGAGGGAUCCACUCCUUGUUAUUGCAGGGACAUAAUUGUCCCAAAAAAAAUCCCCCCAGUCCGUUUCCAAAUGCUUUUUCUUGACACCCCCAACACAACUGCUCCACAUUUGUACUACAACUUCUGCUCAAAUUCUCAUAUCCUCCUCCUCAGUUCAAUGGCAGGAGCUCUUCUCCGCCUUAAUGGCAGUGCUCUGCCGAGAUCAACUGCUCGCCGGCCAUGUCCAUCACUCCCUCACAGGCCUAUAGCGGUCACCAUGUCCCAAAAUCAAUCCUACUGGGCCUCCAUCAACGCUGAAAUCGACGCCCAUCUCAAGCAGGCCAUUCCUCUACGGCCUCCACUUGAAGUCUUCGAGCCCAUGCACCACCUGGCCUUCGCAGCCCCACAAAACAACGCCCCGGCCUUGUGUGUUGCGGCCUGCGAGCUCGUCGGCGGCCGCAGGGACCAAGCCACGGCAGCGGCGUCAGCACUCCACCUCAUGUACGCGGCUUCCUUCGCCCACGAGCAGCUCCCACUAACAGACAGGCCCAGGCCCACGACCCAACACGCAUACGGCCCAAACAUAGAGCUUCUAAUCCCAGAUGGCAUGACGCCAUUUGGGUUCGAGUUGUUGGCUAAAUCCGGCGACCCAGCCCAAAACAAUUCUGGCCGUAUUUUGCGCGUGACGAUUGAGAUCGCACGCACCAUGGGCUCGCAAGGAAUGGUGGAUGGACAAUACCACGAAUUGGACCGCCCCCAAUCUGACGACAUCGGGUGGAUUGAGCACAUGUCCAAAAAAAAGGAAGGCGGGUUUUACGCGUGCGGCGCCGCAUGUGGGGCAAUACUAGGAGGGGGAAGUGAGGAGGAAAUAGAGAAGCUAAGGAGGUUUGGGCUCUAUGUGGGGAUGAUACAAGGAAUGUUACAUGGGGUUGGAAGAAAAGAGAAGGGUUUAGCAAAAGUGGUGGAAGAGCUAAGAAAUUUGGCACUCAAGGAGUUGGAGGAAUUCAAGGGAGGAAAGGUUGAGGCAAUUGCUAGCUUUGUGUAAGGUUAAUUAGGGGGCUUGAGGUUGGUGUUGAUGUGAGGAAAUGGGGCAAGGCCUUGUAAUAUGUCAAAAACAAAACUUAGAAUGUAUUGUGAAAUUUCUUGUCCUCAAUGUUUUCUGCCUAGAAUUUCUUGUGAUUAGUGUGGCUUUCUUUGUUUUGUCCUAAGAUCUCUUUCUUUCCCAUUUUUGUGAUCCCUAUGAAUCUUCCAAGGUACAGUCUUUAAUAAUAAUGUCAGAA